AUGCCAGGCCUCCCUGGUGCUCCAGGACCCAAAGGUGACACUGGAUCAUCCUCCACCAGAAACAGCUAUGCUUUUCAUGUGGGACUAAAAGCAUCCAAUCCAAGUGCUGGCAAGCCUAUUAAAUUUGAGAAAGUAUUUUACAAUGAGUAUAAUGUCUACAAUAUAGAAACUGGGAAAUUAACCUCUCCAGUCAACGGUGUAUAUUACCUAACCUACCACAUUACAGUGUAUAAUAAACAUGUACAUCUUGUACUGAAACAUAAUAGUAAGAUUAUACAAUAUAUGUAUCACGAGUAUAGUUCAAACACUCACCAAGCUUCCGGAGCCUCUAUUCUUGCCAUGAAGAAAGGAGACGAGGCAUGGCUGGAGGUCUAUAAUGACAGAAAUGGUCUUUAUACUGAUAGCGAUGAUGACUCUACAUUUUCAGGAUUUAUUAUUUGA